CGUAUUUUGGUGGUGAGGCACUGAGUUGCUCUUGUUCGAGUUUUGUUCCGCAGACUUCCUCAGAAAGAGCACUUUCUGGAAAGUAAAGAUGUCAACGAGCGACUUCUACUUGAGAUAUUACGUUGGGCACAAGGGAAAGUUUGGACAUGAGUUCCUUGAAUUCGAGUUCAGACCCGACGGUAAACUGAGGUAUGCAAACAACAGUAACUACAAAAAUGACGUCAUGAUCAGGAAAGAGGCAUAUGUACACAAAAGUGUGAUGGAGGAGCUGAAGAGGAUCAUUGAUGACAGUGAGAUCACCAAGGAAGACGAUGCAUUGUGGCCGCCUCCUGACAGAGUUGGCAGACAGGAACUGGAAAUUGUCAUUGGUGAUGAGCAUAUUUCAUUCACAACUUCCAAAAUUGGCUCCUUGAUCGAUGUCAACCAGUCAAAGGACCCUGAAGGUCUUCGCGUGUUCUACUACCUGGUGCAAGAUCUGAAAUGUCUCGUCUUCAGUCUCAUCGGUCUACACUUCAAGAUCAAGCCCAUCUAAAAUGUGGAUUUUGCUCAUUUAAAUUGAUUUAGCUAAUGUUUCUGUUGUUGAACUAUUGCAUUUGUACAUUUGCUUUUGGUGGAACUGUUUUUUAUUUUAAAUAAAGGGUGAGAAAUC